UCAGGACCUCCACCGUCUGGCUACGUCUUCUUAGGGUUUCUUUCGCCGGAUCGGAGUUCCCUCAUUCUCCACCGAUAAAGUUUAAUCGAAAGCAAACAUUUGUGUUUGAUUAUUCGCAAGUUCAAAGAUGUCCGUCACAGCGGGAGUGAGUGAAGCUGCACUAGCUACAAGGGCCAAACUCCGAGGUGGGAUUGGUCAGACUAAAGUGAAAAGAUACUGGCCUGGUAAAGCUCCCGAGUGGGCCGAUGAAGCCGAGGAUGAUGAGGACGUUAGGAUGCACAAGGCUGACGUUUUGGAUAGAAAGCAUGAUGAUUUGGGGGUUGCUAGGAAGGAUGACCCCAGGCUGCGCCGUUUAGCUCAGACCAGAGCUGAAAACCGUGAAGAAGUUAGAGCCGAUCACCGUCGUGUUAGGCAGGCUGAGAUUAUAUCUACCGAAGAAGAAGAGUUGAAGAAUCAUCAAGACGAGGAAGAAGAUGAGUAUGCUCUGGAAGAAAGAAGGAGGAGAAUCAGAGAAAAGAAUCUCAAAAGAGCUCAGGAGGAGGCUGAUCUGCUACCUGUGGAGGAAGAGGACGAGGUAGAGGAGGAAGACGAGGAGGAAGAGGAGUCAGAGUACGAGACUGAUUCCGAAGAUGAUAUGCCUGGUAGUAUCACCAUGAUCAAGCCUGUUUUUGUCCCCAAAGCUGAGAGAGACACGGUCGCAGAGCGUGAAAGGCUCGAGGCUGAGGAGCAAGCUCUCGAGGAGUUAGCUAAGAGGAAGCUCGAGAUGAGGAAGAUAGAGACGAAGCAGAUCGUGGUUGAGGAAGUUAGGAAAGACGAAGAGAUACGCAAGAACAUGCUGUUGCAAGAAGCGAACAUCGGAGACGUGGAGACCGACGACGAGAUCAACGAAGCUGAGGAGUACGAAGUUUGGAAGACGAGAGAGAUCGCUAGGAUCAAGAGAGAGAGGGACGCGAAGGAAGCUAUGCUGAGAGAGAGGGAAGAGAUAGAGAAGCUGAGGAACAUGACGGAGCAGGAGAGGAGAGAAUGGGAGAGGAAGAAUCCCAAAGCUUCGUCGGUUCAACCGAAGAAGAAAUGGAACUUCAUGCAGAAGUAUUACCACAAGGGUGCCUUCUUCCAGGCGGAUCCUGAUGAUGAGGCGGGAUCCGUGGGGACGGAUGGUAUAUUUCAGAGGGACUUCUCUGCACCAACGGGAGAAGAUAGGUUGGAUAAAUCGAUUCUGCCGAAAGUCAUGCAAGUCAAGCACUUUGGUCGCAGUGGAAGAACUAAAUGGACUCACCUUGUCAAUGAGGAUACAACAGAUUGGAGUAACCCGUGGACUUCUAAUGAUCCUCUACGAGAAAAAUACAACAAGAAAAUGGCGGGCAUGAAUGGUCCUAUUGAGAAACCAAAGGGGAGCAAGAAGAUGAAAGAUUGGGAGACGUAAAGCCGCUUCAAGAUCUGAUCGAGUUUAAGCCAAAAACUGAAACAAGGUGGUAUGUUCUAGUGAAAGAAAAACAUCUUACGCUGUUAUCUCUGAGAAUAACUAAAUCGCAGCAAUUAGUACUAUUUGCUUUGUUAUUACCGUGAGAUCGUGGACAAGAGACAUCUGGUCGGACCGUCUUUUGUAUCGAACCAGACACAGUUAUGGGAUUAAUCAAGAUACAGUUUAUGUUUCUGCAUGUAUCACUAAAGCAUUUUUAUUUUCAUA